AUGGAGAAUGUAUCAGCAGUGACGUCCUUCAUAUUGACGGCAUACACUGAACUGGAAGAUCAUAGAUACUUAUACUUCAUAUGUUUCCUUCUUUCAUAUCUUCUGAUAUUUUUGGGUAAUUUGGUUCUAAUAGCAGUAAUAUCCAUUGAAAGAAGCCUGCAUGAGCCCAUGUAUUGGUUCAUAUGCAGCUUAGCAGUAAAUGGAUUGUAUGGUAGCACAUGUUUAUUCCCAUCACUACUGGGUCAUUUGUUAUCUCAUAAUUAUGAAGUAUCUCUGACCCAAUGUCUAUUGCAGAUAUAUUGUUUACACACAUAUGGUACUAUUGAAUUUACUAUUUUAGCAGCGAUGAGUUAUGACCGGUAUGUUGCUAUUUGUCACCCGUUACACUAUCACCUCCUCAUGUCUCCUAAGAAGCUAUAUGCAGCUAUUACAUUAUCCUGGGUGAUUCCCUUAAUUUAUUUUGCCCUUCUUUUCAUAUUCACAGUACAGCGCACAUUUUGUGACAAGAUCAUAGAAAAAGUCUAUUGUAGCAAUUUUCCUUUAGUUAAACUGUCUUGUUUUGAUACGACCAUUCAGAGCUUUGUUGGCCUGGCAUCACUUUUUGUUUCACCUUGUUCUCAAAUUGCCAUGAUACUGUUUUCCUAUGUGCAGAUACUCAGAAUUUGCCUGUCUGCUUCAAAGGAGUCUCAAAUCAAAGCUAUUCAAACAUGCACCCCACACUUACUGGCUGUGAUUAACUAUGCAGUGGGAAGCUUAUUUGAGCUCAUUCAAAGUCGCUUUAACAUGAGUAACGUACCUUAUAAAGCCCGUAUAUUUAUGACCCUUUACUUUCUGAUAUUUCCCCCAAUGUUUAAUCCUGUCAUUUAUGGAAUUAGUAUUCAAGCCAUCAGAGUUCAGAUUUUCAAACUGUUUAGUGGCAAGAAGCUAAGAGAAGCCCACUGAAGGUAAUGAAAUAAUUUUCUGUGUCUGUUAUUUUCAUAUUCUUAAUACUGCAUGUGGUACCACUGAGUAAUCUAAUACAUGGUGUAGUAUUAAGAGUAACUGAAAUAUUGAAAAUGUGUUGUCUAAAUACUGAUUGGUAUAUAUGUUAAAUAAA